GAAAUGAGAAAUCCGAUAAAGGUUCUAAAUUUCGAUUCGUAAAGCGACACCUGGAAUUUAAAGGCGAGCGGGAAGGUUUACCAUGACGGAGGACAAAGUUAUUCCAGUUCGCGUUGCGAUACGUUGUCGACCCCUGAUCACCAAGGAAUUGAAUGAAGGAUGUCAGAAAUGUGUACGUUUUAUCGACAACGAACCCCAGCUUGUACUAGGUUCCAACCGAUCUUUUACUUACGAUUAUGUUUAUAGUCCUGAUCAUUCUCAGCAUGAGGUUUACGAUUCUUCAGUCAAACAUCUUGUCAAGCACAUCUUUAAAGGGUACAAUGCAACAGUCUUAGCCUAUGGACAAACAGGAAGUGGGAAGACUUACACGAUGGGAGGAUGUUAUGACAUGGUCAGUGAAAUAGAAAAAGGUGUCAUCCCACGUGUGAUGCAGGAACUGUUCAAUGGAAUGGAAGACAGACCAGAGUAUUUGUUCACUAUUAAAGUUUCAUAUUUGGAGAUUUAUAACGAGGAUAUCAAUGACUUGCUGUGUCCUAUGUCUAAGAGAGAGCCACUGGCUAUCAGAGAAGAUGCAACAGGGGGAAUCAGGUUACCAGGUUUACGAGAGAAAACAGUGACGUCCUACGAAGAAACCUUGACCUGCCUUAGCAUGGGAGGUCAAGUCAGAACAACUGGAGCCACUGCUAUGAAUAACACGUCCAGUAGAAGUCAUGCUAUCUUUACAAUACAUGUGGAAAUGAAGAAAAAAGACGAUGAGAACGACACCUGUAGUGCCAAGUUCCACUUAGUGGAUCUAGCAGGAUCUGAGAGAGCAAAGAAGACGCAGGCUGAGGGAGAAAGGUUUAAGGAAGGGGUGAACAUCAACAGAGGACUUUUAUGUUUAGGCAAUGUCAUCAGUGCACUGGGUGAUGACAAGGAGAAAAGGUCUUAUAUUCCAUAUAGAGACUCAAAGUUGACCAGGCUUCUUCAAGAUUCAUUAGGAGGUAAUUCCUAUACUCUCAUGGUAGCAUGUAUCAGCCCAGCAGACACCAACAUGGAGGAGACAUUAAACACGUUACGAUACGCUGACAGAGCUAGAAAGAUCAAGAACAAACCUAUAAUUAACCGUGAUCCACAGACGGCAGAGAUCAUUAGACUCAAACAGUUGGUUAUAGAAUUAGAGACAAGACUUCAGUCUGGGGGUUUAACCAUAAAGUGUGAGAGUUCAGUAGCUACAUGUACAUCAGUGUUUUCAUCUACAUCAUCUACAGCAGCAUCUACAUCCAUGUCAUACGUAGAUCAGGACUCUAUAAUGGACAAAGUCAAAGAAUUGUCGGAGAAAAACAAACAGCUAGAGGAAGAGAAUGAGAAGUUGUCAGAUGAACUACAGAGAGCUGUUGAUAACAGUGCUAAUCUUUGUGAGAAAGUCAUUAAGUUGGACCUGAAAUGUGAACGAUUGAAAAACAGACUCGAUGAUUUCAAAAAGGACACAGGGUUGGAUUUCAAUGUAUUAAGUUCAAGUUUAGAUGUGAACUCUCAUCCAGAGUUGAAAGAACAGAUGGACAAAUUGAGACAUCUUGCUGAACAAGUUAAUGACGAUAAGGAUGAACCAGAAGAGAGUAUACCAGAACAAGAUGAGGAUAUGGACCAGGGUGAAUCCCUCCCAGGUACCCCAGACAGUAGGGCCAUGUCCAAAGAAUAUGCCUUCAGGCAAGCCAAGAUGACAAAUGAAUUACAAGAACUGAACAAACUUCUGGAGAAAAAGGAGCGGCUUGCUAAACAGAUGACACAAAACGAUGAUCAGAUGAAAGCGAUGAAAGGCCAAUAUGAUCAUGCCAUUAGUGGGAUGAAUUCAGAGAUAGAAAGUCUACAGAAAGAGAAGGAGGAAUUAGCUCAGGCUUUAGAAAAUGCUAAAUACAACUCAGCAACUAGCAAAGUGGCUGAGCAGAGAAGACAAAGAUUAAAGGAGUUAGAACAACAGAUGUCACAACUUAAGAGAAAAGUCAACGAUCAAACAAAACUGUUAAAGAUGAAGGAACAGUCAGAAAAACAAGUGUCUAAAAUGAACGUCGAUAUACAGGGUAUGAAACAACAGAGAGUUAAGUUGAUGAAACAAAUGAAAGAAGAUGCUGAUGAGUUCAGACGAUGGAAGAUGAAAAAAGAAAAAGAAGUCAUGCAGUUACAACAAAAGGGAAGAAAGAGAGAUUGUGAGAUAGCCAAGUUACAGAGAGAAAACCAGAAACAACAAAACAUUCUGAAAAGAAAAGGAGAAGAGGCUGCUGCAGCAAACAAGAGACUGAAGGAAGCUUUAGCCAAACAGAAACAAGUUCACCAAGAGAGAAAUGAAAAAUUUGAAAAAUAUGACACAACCAGUAUAGGAAACAGGGUUAGAUCCUGGUUGAGUCAUGAGUUAGAGGUCAGGGUCAGCAUCAGGGAGGCCAAAUAUCACCUGAACAGGCUGCUGUCUGAUCGUAAGGAAAUGGUGAUGACAUUGAAAGAUUUAAAGGACAGGAUAGAUGAGGAUGCUCCACCCACCAAGAAGUUGGCCUGGAUAAAAGACGGAAAGUUAGACUCAUCAAGUUUUGAGGUUGAGAACGUAAAGAAACAGAUAGAGGAAGUUCAACAACAGAUCGAUGAGAGGAAUGCUCAGAUAACUGACCUCCAACAGAAGGUUGUUGAUGCUGAUCAAGAAUGUAAAGGGAAAUCUAUAUGGGAGAGUUUACACACAAUGGUAGAGGCAAAAUGUGCGUUGAAAUGGUUACUAGAACAGGCUGUUUCAUCUAGGGCAGAUAGCAGUAAGGCUCAGGGAGAAUUACAAGAUUCUAAACUACAUCAUAUAGACAGACAUGAUGAAAUGGAAGAACUACAGAAGGAAAUAGAGGAUUUAAAACAUAAACAUGAAGACAAUGUAACUAGGUUACAAAAACAACAUGAAGAUAAGGUUUUGUUUCUGUUGAGACAGAUGAAGGCUGUAGAUAGUAAUGUGACAUUAGAUGUAGACGUCAGACAGAGAAUGAAAUUCCAGCAAGAAGAGAUUGAUAAAUUGAGUAAACUGCACGAGGAGGUUCAAAAGAAAAAUGACGAAUGUGAAUCUCUGAAACAGCAUCUGACCAAGGCCAUGUAUCAAGGGAAAAGUUUUGCUUUGAUGCCCAGUAUAGAUGCUGACCAUGAGGUGGCUUCACCAUUCCUGACACCUAAACCUAAAGCUAAGGCGAAGAGGAAAACCAUGGGAAAAGAUGAGUCGUUUAUGAGUGAGGGUGAAUACUUUGCUGCCAUUAGUGACGAGGAGGACAACGUGGAUGAGGAUGAAGAUGAGGAGGUUAACAGUGAUGAGGAAUGGUGGAGGACACCAAAAUAUAAACGAAAACAAAGUUCAAAGAUAGUUCAGCCAAAAAAAGAUCCAUCAAGAAAUUCUAUAACAAAAUGUAACUGUAAAGGAAACUGCCUGAAGAAAAUCUGUGGCUGUCGAAAACAAGGCAUUGUUUGCUCUGACCAUUGUAAAUGUUCAAAUCAGUGUAGGAAUAUAGAACAGCCAGGAUCAACAACCAAUCCAGACGAUGAUAGCAUUUCAACAACACUAAACAGUACUUACAAUUUGGAGGAGAAAGAAAAUAUUUCGUCACAAAAUAGCAGUGCAAAUGAAUUUGUGGAACCAAUGAUUCCUAAAAGGAAAUCUCAUACAAACAAUAAUAGUGAAAUAAGUUCAUCCACAGAGGGAGCCACUAAGAAGAGAAGACUACUCACUGGGAGUAACAGCUUUUUUAAACCUCUAUAAUUUAUAGACAAUGCUUCAUAGAUAAGGGUUGUUGGUGAUUUAGUUCUCAAAAUUAUGUUUUUUUAGAUGGUCAGUAGUCGCCAGUUCAAUGUUAUAAUUAGAUGCUGGACUGAAUGACUGAUAUAGACGAGAAAACACAUCAAUGUUAUCUCAAACAGUUUAUGAAAUUCAGAAGAUGAUUAAGAUCAAUGGACAAUGUAUUAAUACCAUAUGGCUGACUCAGUCAGGCAUAACAUAAUGGACUAGAGUCAAUUAAAAAUCUAUAAUCACUAAGGAAAUUUAUGUUUUAUAUCAUGUUUGUGUUUUCAUGAGAAAAAAUGGCUGGUUGACAAUUGAUAUCUGAGAAGUGAGAAGAAAUCAGAUGUUCUGUAAAAGAUUGUGCAAUAUUUUUCAAAUUUUUAUUCCUUUCAAAAUUGAGUAAAUCAUAUUUUGUUUUGUUCAGUAAAAGUUUUUUAGGAAGCUGGCCCUUUGGGCAAUGUGUUCUAUAUCACUUGGUGUCAGUUUUCAUGAGCUUUUGAAAAAAAUAUCUCCUCUGAAACCACUUGAACAAGGCUUAAAAUAUUACAUAUAGGCUGUUCCAUUAAAACAUACAUGGUACACAGGGAAGGCUCUUUGAAAACAAAGUGACCUUCCAUAGAUGAGAUUUUUAUUCCUGCAUAAAUUUAAACCUGUUCAACACAAUAUUUCUCAUCCACCCAUCGUGGCAAAUUUUAGUUGCCUUCACUGGGUCCCAUGUAAGUUUUUAUAGAACAGCCCUAAGUGUAAAUGCAUAACUUAUAUCUUGAAAAUUUCAAUAAACAGAGAAACUAUUAUUUGACCAGAAUAUUUUAAAGAUCUAUCUUUUUCAUAUUUGAAACAAAAUUAUCAGAAUUGAUCUAUGAAAAAGAAAAUAAAACAAUUGAAAUAAAUGUAGGAUUUUAAUACUUUAUUCAUUCUUGUUUCUGAUGAAGUAAAUAUACAUUAAGAACCCACACAAGACAUUUUUACAUCAUGCUGAGUUCGUUGUAUCACUAUUUUAUUCCUCAAAUUGUGUGGAUUUGACUUUUAAUAUAGCUUAGUGUGAUAUACCCGAGAAAAACCAGAAAAUGGCCCUUCUCAAGAUUCUAAUACUUGAUUUUAUUUGAUUUUAAGGUGAAUAGAGGAGGUGUGGGUUUUAUGCAUAUUUAUUAUUUUUUGGUAUUAAGUUUUAUUUAACAAUGAAUUUUCGUACUUUUGUUCCAUUUAAUUUACAUAGUUAAAUGAUUUCUGCUUGCUGUUUUGAGGGGCAGUUUAUGUGUUUUUUAUUAUAACAAUAUAUGUGUUAUAUUUGGUACUAAAUGAUUUUUGUGGUUGUAUGUUGUAUGUUGUAUAUUCUAUUAUUUCAAAUUAGGAGGAAAAUUGUAAUAUCUGACCAAAUUCUGUAUACAAUCCUCAUAUGAUUUAAAAAAGAAGAUGUGGUAUGAUUGCCAAUGAGACAACACUCCACAAGAGAACAAAAUGACACAAAAAUUAACUAUAGGUCAUAGUUCGGCCCUCAACAACAAGCUUUUCUUCUUUUACAAUUUUUCACUGUUCUCUUCUCACUAAAGGACUGUUCCUUCCAUUGUUUUCACAGAUAUCAGUUUUUAUAGAUUUUGGAAAGAUUGUGUAUUUUCUUUAAACUUGUUAAACUUGAUUUUAUGCAUCAAAAGCAUUCUGCGUUGAAACUGGUAUGAAAUUGGUUUUGUUGACAAACAUUUCUAUUGUUGUUCACCAAUUUCUAAGACAUGCACAGAAAUUAGAUCCUCAUGACAAAUAAUGAAUCCACAGAAUAGCUUGUUUGAUUCAUCUGCUGAUAAGACUAGCUUUCUUCAUUUUAUGUAAAUUUAUUUAUUAUUCCUAAGAUAUUGUGGCUAUAUGUAAACCACAAAUUUAAAUGUCUAUUAAAGAGCUUACUCUUCUAUAGGGUUCUAUGUAUACUUUGGCAAAACAAUGAAAUUAGAUAGAAACAAGAAAAAAAGUAAUUCCUGAAUUGAGGAAAAUGAAUGAAUUCACAGUACAUGUAAAUGAAAUAGACCAUUGUCUUGUUGUGUAUGUACAUUUUGAUUGUCUUUUAAUUGUGGCAUAAAUAUAUUUAUAUGGAUGAGUAUUGACCUUUGUCAAAAUUUUAGUAAAAUAAAUUCAAGCCAUUUUUAUGUCUUGGAUUAAUUUAAAAUGUGUUUAUCAUGUUUUUAAAUAAAAUGUGUAAAAAUAAAGCUUACAUUAUGAACAAAGCAUAGUAAUAUUACCUUUGUUUACCAAUAAAAUUAGUGAAUCUGCA